AUACGCUACUACGGCGCCAUUAACAGUAUGCUUACUAACGCGUAUGUGGCACUGUUUCUUAACAAAACGUUUUUCAAAUGAUCAAAAUAUUUGAAAUCUGGUGACUUGUCACGAUAACGAUUCAACUUACCAAAGUAAUUUCAUUUAGUAGACAUGAGUAGACUUGAAAAUGAUAUACCUUUAAAGUUGUAUUCGAUAACCAAUCAUGUGAAGUAAGAGAUAUAGUGAAUGACUCAUUGAAGAUUGUUACGUAAAAAUAUCAAAAUACAAACUUGUUGAUUUGAUAUUUGUAUCACUGGAAAGAGCAAUUCAAUUAUAUUCUCAUUCAACAUAAAGAUGUUAUACUUUCCUAUGAAUUAUAGAUGAAUUUUAUCAACUAUGUUAUUUAACACUAAUUUUUAUAUCUUUUUGUCAUACAUUUUAAAGUAUAUUAAUUACUUACUUUCAAGUUGCUUAAAUUGAAAGCUCCAAUUUUAAAGUUGUAUUAAGAUAUGAGAAUGAAAACAGUAUUUCGUUGAAUUUGUUUGCUAGUAUUUUUCAGUUUAUGGAAUUUGUAUGUUGGUAGACCUUUCACGUGUUAACGCCCAAGUCUUGAAUAUACUAACAAGUGGGUAGUGUUUAUUAAUUGAAUCAUUCAUUCUCUAGUAGUUAAUGAAUGCAACCAUAGUUAUUACACGUGAAUUUUUAUUUUAACAUAACUAUUACCAUGUUGGAGUCUUGCUGGUCACCAUUUGUCUGGACCAAUAAUAUCAAGACAGGAUGCAAGGCUAUUGCUUUUUACACAGUUCAAUGCAAAUUGGUGGAGGAUUUAUCAUUUUCUAUUUGAUUCUCUUAAUUAUGUCAAGUGGUUUGAUGAUACAUGGAUUAAAAGAAGGAAUAAGAGGAUGGUUACUUCCCUGGCUUAUAUUGUGGUUCAUUGUAUGUUUGUUUCAAUUAGUUUUUGGCCUUUGGCUUGUAGGAGGGUAUUACAUCUAUAUAUAUUGUUGGUUAGUCGUACUGUCAAUGUACAAAAUAUUUGAAGAACUACAAUCUCCAAAUAUAGAGCUCCUCUGGCCUUAAAUAGAUGUAUAAUACUAAUAAUAAGAUAUAAAAUACAUUGAUUGGCACCAAAGUAUCAUACAGCAUCUUUAAGAAUGCAGGUAUACAUUUGUACAUUUUCUUCAAAAGAAAAAUUUAUUCAUUAAAUUUUAUUCACAGAAAUGAUAUUAUUUAAAAACUAAUUUAAAUCAAAUGGAAAUCAUUAUCAUGUGUUCAACUUGGUUAUGAUUAUUUAUUUUGACAUACCUAGUAUUAUAAAUAUAGGUGUAUAAUACUUACGUGUCAAUAAUGUACAAUUAGCUAAAUGCUUUGAAAGUUUAAAACUUUCACAUUUUAACAAAAGACUGAUAAUGGUCUAAGAAAACACCCGUCCAAAUUUCAAAGUACUCUUGUGAACAAAUGUACACAAUAACAUUUUAUAGAUGGUUGCUUUACACAACCAAAAAAAAAAAAGUACUAAACAUUUGUAACGAAUAGAAAUUUUUAUAUAAGAUAUUUUAUGAAUUUGUAAAAAUUUUGUAUGUUUGAUAUAAAUAAAAAAAAAUAAGUUAAUAUACCUUCAAA